AACUUAAGAUAAAGGGUCUACCUGGAACCGGGAAACUGGAGGGUAGGCGCAGAAAAAGGAGGGCGGCCUGGAGGUUUACCCCGACUCCCCAACUGGGAAGAGAGAGUAGUGGUUCCGAGAUAGAUGAAAAGAUGAGAAAAGAGAGAAAACAGGAGAGAUAAGGGAAUAAAAAUCACAGUGAAAAAGAAAAACAAAACCACAUUGAGGCUGAGAACAGGGGCAGAUCAAAAAGAGAAAAACAGGCAUGAAAACACAUAAAAGGCAGAAAUGGCCAGUCAAUCCCAGGGUAUCCAGCAGCUCCUGCAAGCAGAGAAACGGGCGGCUGAGAAGGUGGCAGAUGCCAGAAAGAGGAAGGCGCGGCGUCUGAAGCAGGCAAAGGAAGAGGCACAGAUGGAAGUGGAACAGUACCGGCGGGAGCGAGAGCUGGAAUUCCAGAGCAAACAGCAGGCGGCCAUGGGCUCCCAGGGAAACCUGUCCGCAGAAGUGGAGCAGGCUACCAGGCGCCAGGUGCAGGGCAUGCAGAGCUCCCAGCAGAAAAAUCGAGAACUCGUCCUGGCCCAGCUUCUUGGCAUGGUCUGCGAUGUCAGGCCCCAGGUCCACCCCAACUACAGGAUUGCUGCCUAGGACAAACCCUAGCGCCUAACUCCUCCUCAAAAGAAAUCCCCAGAUCAGAAUCGCCUCCCAUCCUAAUCCUACUCUCCUUUUCCAUUCCCUAGAAAUUCUAGGAGGCAGGACCCAAUAAUUCUCCUGUGAAAUAUAGAUGUCCUGCUCAGACCUGAAUCUCCUUAUUGUUUUUUAACCUUCAUUGAGACCUUAUAAACUCCCAGGUCACCCUCACCCCACCCCUCUGUGAAAUUUGUAGCAUGAAAAAGCAGGGAUGUAGAAAACAUCCUAACUCCAGAGCCCAGCAGGCUUAGAUCCCUCUCCUGACCCUGCUGCUAGUUGACAGGCAACCAGAACAAGCUGCUUAACCCGUAGCCUCACUGCCUCCCCUGGAACAACAAUGCCCACCUUUCAGUGUUGCUGCAGUAAUUAGGAAUCAUUCUGUCCAGAGCCUGGCAUGGUUUCUGGCACGUAAUAGUUAUGAUUUGAUUAAUGGCAACCCCGUGAUAUUAUUACCACCCCAUGUCCACCUGCCAAAACCUAGACACAGCUGUUUCCUCACUUCUGUCUGUGGCCCUAACUCUACUCAUUGAUUCUGUGACCCUAGUAAUUCUCUGAAGAAUUGGUUCUUCCCACCUCUCUUUUCCCAGGCCUUAUGAUCCCUGAAAAGAUAAAAUGAUGAUUUCAUUUAGCCCCUUUACUGUAGUUCCAGAAAGAUGGUGCAUUUUUUAGCCUCUCCUUCAUCUCUCUUAAGUUGGUCUUUCUCUUUAUUGGUUUUCUCCCAUUUCUUAUUCCCCCAAAGACCUAUUAGAUGAUCGCUGCUUCCUGAGAUUGAAAGUGAAGCUUGUCACUGUGUAUGCAUGGACUUCCUUUGUAACAAUAAAAACUCUCAAUAAAAUGAUGAUGGGCAAA